AUGGGCAUGAGCAUCCCCCAGUGCCUGGGGCAACUGCACAUCCGCAAGGGUGUAGUGGGCUUGGCCACAGGUGCUGGGUUCAUCUACCUGCUCUACAAGGCCAUCAAGGCUGGCAUAAAAUGCCAACCGCCCCUCUGCACCACCUCACCAAUCUGCAUCGCCCGUGAGUGUCCGGGCCCUGGGGAGAGGGCUCUGCCCCAGGAGGCACCUGCUCCCGAGGCCUCCAGUGUGGGAGGGCCCAAAGGCCUGGCAAUCGAGCGAGAGCGGCACGGGCGGGACUCAGGUGAGCUCCGGAGGCUCCUCAACUCUCUGGAGUGCAAACAGGAUGAGUACGCCAAGAGCAUGAUCCUGCACAGUAUCACGCGCUGUGUGUACUUGCUGGAGGCCGAGGCCUCUGCUUGUACUACUGAUGACAUCGCAUUGGUGGGCUCCAUGCUGGAUGACAAGGACAACAGUGUCAAAAUCCAAGCUCUGAACACACUUAAAGCUUUCUCUGGCAUCAGAAAAUUCAGGCUUAAAGUCCAGGAACACUCCAUCAAGGUCCUGGAACUGAUCGCCAGCAUCUGGGAUUCGGAGCUGCACAUUUCAGGCCUCAGACUCCUCAACAACCUCCCACUGCCUGACUAUGUGCAUCCACAGCUGAGACGGGUGAUGCCUGCCUUGAUGGAGAUCCUGCAGUCGGACUAUAUCCUGGCACAGGUGCAAGCCAUUCGAUUGCUGAGCUACCUGGCACAGAAGAACGACCUUGUCUAUGAUAUUCUCAACUGCCAGGUGCAUGCCAACUUCCUGAACCUGUUUCAGUCCACACAGCCAGGGAGUCUGCUGUUUGAGGUCCUGGUGUUUGCCGAGCGGCUAAGUGAGGGCCGGAAUUCACCCCACUACCGUGCCGUCAAGUGGCAUUACAAUGAACAGUCGCUGCACGAAGCUCUUUUUGGGGAUGAGUCACGACUGGCAGACCGGCUGCUCGCUCUGGUCAUCCACCCUGAGGAGGAGGUUCAGAUCCAGGCCUGCAAGGUCAUAGUCAGCCUGCAGUGCUCCCAGGAUGUGGGAGUCCGGCCCUCCGUCUGCCAGCCCAGCCGUUCCUACUUUAAUAGCGGGGAAUAA